AUGCUCUGUAACGCCAAGUGCCCGGGCGGUAUCAAGGGCGCCGGCAUGCUAGGUGCCGGACUGAGCGCCUUAAAUCCGCUGACGCUUCUGUCGAAGAAGGACGAAGAAGAGGAGAAGGAGGCGCAGGAAGAAACGGAUCCAAUGAAAAAGAUGUUUAAGCAAAUGGACUACAUAGAGAAAGAAGUUUGCAACAUGAACUGCAAGGUGGCUGCUUUGAUGGGUGCCGCAGCGGGCGCCGCAGCUGGCGGUGCCAUCGCCAAGUACAAGACGGGGGGCGGCAAAAUGGGCGGGCCCUUGGACGAAUCGAACAUCGUCCCGUUUUUCGUCCUGACCAGACAGCUCGAAGACAUGCGCAGUGAAGUCAAGGAUGCUGUUGGUGCCGUGCAAUCGCUUGCAGCACCACAGGAGCAGGACGACCGGCCGAUAGAAGGUGCCCCCACUCGGCGGUGCGACUUUAUCUGA